GCUUACAGGUACGAAAUCCACCGUUUCAGACGCCUUGAUUAAUGACUAAUUCGGCAUGUUUCUCCACAUGUUGCCAACAUUAUCAUUUAAAGAUCAGUCACUAGUUAGUGUAUCGCUGGCCUAAGUACACAAUAAUCGAUGAAAGAUCGAUCUCAUGCUCAAGUCAGGCUCGCUUGUGUCAACGACAACUGAUUCAAGUCUUGCACACGUUGUCCAACAAAGGCUGAUCGAUGUGCUGUCGUCGCUCUCGGCUCCCUAUGGAUACAGAUCAGGGGAAGCCACUAGAACUCACUCAUGUGGCUAUGUUCGAGAGGUCCCUCAGAACCUGCGCUUUAGCUGGCUUAUGAAACCUAGGGGCCUGCCUGCAUAUUAUCAAAAAUAUACUGAAGCUUAUAAUAUACCUGUAUUAGGCAGUGCUAAUGUCAGCGAUAAUGCAAUGAGGAGAGCCUGCUAUGUCCUAAGAUUUAUGUUGGCAGACCAUAAUUCCAUACGCCAGACUUAUUUCAAGCUGUUUGGCCGACUGGUCGUCAUUGGGCCAGGCGAGAAGAUCAACGCUGUCCCAGAGUACAGAUUCCUCUCGGAUUCUUGGAAUAACAGAUCUCGUGGAUUAGGAGCCACUGAAACUGUCCCAGUGUCCUCUGGGGCGGAAGAAAAUCUUUUAUGCUUUGGGUCAACGAAAGAUGUCUACUACGAAGAAGAUAUUCUGAUCCACGAGUUGACUCACGGUCUUCAUCUGUUAGGAUCCAAACACGUGAUCCCUGGUUUUCAGCUCACACUUAAUCGCUCAUUUGAGAAUUCAACUGGCAGAGGACUUUGGAAAGAUACUUACAGUGCUGAUUCUAUGGAGGAAUAUUUGGCAGAAGCCGUCCAGAGCUAUUUCAAAGUUAAUGGUUACAGAAACCCACCAGAUGGCGUUCAUGGCCCCGUAAAUUCCCCCGAAAAACUACGAGCGUAUGACCCUUCCUUGUAUGAACUGGUACAGCUUAUGUUUCCAUGUGGUAAUACCUUCAUCAAGAGAUGCAACUCAACAAGAGAGGCAGAAACUUCUCAAGUGCUUAAAAUGGACUGUGAUCUGACAAGACAAUACCAAAUAAAGAUAUCUGAGUUGGCAGCACAGUCUGGUCAACCAUGUCAAGAUGGUAACGACUUUUGUACAGAUUGGUCUCUGCAAGGGGAGUGCACUAGUAAUCCUGCCUACAUGAAAGUCCAUUGCCGGAAAAGUUGCCUAUGGUGCAACCUGAAAGAAAAUCUGAUAAGUUCGCAAAGUUCAGUCAUUAAAAACUGCACUGACCAAAAUAUUUUAUGUCCAGAUUGGGCUGCCAUUGAGGAAUGUACGAAAAAUUCAGCAUACAUGAAAAUCAAUUGCAAGCACAGUUGUGGGCUUUGUUAACUAAACUACUGUGUCUGUGUGCCUCACACAUUAUGAGGUCAUGGAUUCAGACUUAACAUUUAAAAAUACUUAUUCAAUGUAGAUCUUGUUUGAGUAUUCACAAGAAUAUUUGUAAUCAAUAAUAAAAUUAAAUAUAACAAUA